UAAUAGCGACUAUCGGCCAAGCGAUCUACUGCAUGCGGGUUUCAUUCAGCGCUUGUGAUUGGACAAUCGUGAUAUCGAUACAACCCGAAAAGAGGGAGAGGGAAAGAGAGACGCUCCCUAUUUGACGUUUAUAUAUAUUUUGGGUUUUUUUUUCCCUAAUGGAUGAGCAAUGGAAAAGCCGUCAGAUGAAAUAUCUGGCGACGCUUCUGUGUUCCCACGCGCUGCAUCUUUGUUGAUAUGUCCUCGAUGUUGGGCUUGUUGUUGUUGUGUGGGAGGCCAGGGACGGGCCUGAGGAAGCGCCGCUAGAAAAGCGCACUCGUCCUGCAGCCGCUCUUUCUUGUCCCCUUGUCAGGAUCGGGCAGAUGCGCGCGGAGACAUGGUGACGCUCCCGGCUCUGGCGCACUACUGGCCUCUGGUGCGGUUCCUCGUGCCACUGGCCAUCACCAACAUCGCCAUCGACCUCGGCGAGCAGGCUUUAAACCGAGGGAUCGCAGCAGUCAAAGAGGAUGCGGUGGAAAUGCUGGCCAGUUACGGUCUGGCGUAUUCCCUGAUGAAGUUCUUCACUGGGCCUAUGAGCGAUUUCAAGAAUGUGGGAUUGGUGUUCGUCAACAGCAAACGCGACCGAAUCAAAGCUGUCUUGUGCAUGGUCGCGGCCGGAACGAUAGCCAUUAUCUUCCACACACUGAUAGCCUAUACAGACCUCGGCUACUACAUCAUUAACAAGCUGCAUCAUGUGGACGACUCGGUGGGCAAUAAGACCAGGAUGGCUUUUCUAUACCUGGCUGCAUUUCCUCUGCUGGAUGCCAUGGCCUGGACCCAUGCUGGAAUCCUUCUAAAGCACAAGCACAGUUUACUGGUUGGCUGCGCCUCGAUCUCUGAUGUCUUAGCGCAGAUUAUAUUUGUGGCUAUCUUGCUGCACAGUAAUCUGGAAUGUGUUGAACCAAUGUUGAUUCCCAUCUUGUCUCUAUACAUGGGAGCGCUGGUGCGUUUCACCAUUGUUGGACUGGGCUACUAUCGAAACAUUCACGAUAACCUCCCGGACUCCAGUGGCCCAGAAGUUGGGGGAGAUGCCACUUUUAAAAAGAUGCUGAAUUUCUGGUGGCCCCUGGCCCUCAUCCUAGCAACACAGCGGAUCAGCAGACCCAUCGUCAACUUGUUCGUUUCCCGUGACCUGAAAGGCAGUGCUGCAUCCACCGAGGCAGUUGCGGUUUUGACAGCUACAUAUCCUGUGGGUCACAUGCCAUAUGGGUGGCUGACUGAACUCCGUGUUAUCUACCCUGCCUUCGACAAGAACAACCCGAGCAAUAAAUUGGCAAACUGUGGGACAGCAGUCACCAAGUCACACAUCAAGCGUUUCACGUUUGUCUGUAUGGCUUUGUCGAUCACACUCUGUUUCGUGGUUUUCUGGACGCCUAAUAUCUCUGAGCGGAUCCUGGUGGACAUUAUAGGCGUGGACCAAGCGUUUGCAGAGCUCUGUGUUGUGCCAUUGCGAAUUUUUUCAUUUUUUCCUUUACCAGUGACGGUGCGUGCUCAUCUAACCGGCUGGCUCAUGACCCUGAAGAAAACCUUCGUUCUGGCGCCGAGCUCUGUGUUGCGAAUCAUCGUGCUCAUCACCAGCCUCGUUGUGCUGCCCUACAUGGGGGUGCAUGGAGCUACUUUAGGGGUUGGAUCUCUCUUAGCUGGAUUCCUCGGAGAGUCUACUAUGGUAGCGAUCGCCGCAUGCUAUGUCUAUCGGAAACAGAAAAAGAAGAAAGAAUCCGAUGGGGAGUUGACCAUCGAUGGGGAAGACUCGGCUCCGAUGAACGAGGUGCGCUCUGGCCGCCGGAUAGACGACGUUGUUGAACUGAGAGAGGAGGACGAGGAAGAAGAGUGACCUCGCCAUUCGAUGAGACGUCAGCUUCACGUGCAUUCUUCCUGGUUAUGUGGGAGGACGUGUUGAAGGGGUGGGGGAACCAGGGAUCUUUUGCUUUUUGCAGGGCAGUGCUUUAAUUGCUUACUGUCCCCUGUUUGCUGCUCUUUUCCCCCUCUUUUGCCACGUGCACGUGGAGAAUGCACAAAAAGGAAGUUGUAGUUAGAGGCAAAUGAAAGACCAAAAAAAAAAAAAAAAAAGGACACAUUUCUCAAGUAUUAAAUAUCCUUCGAAAUCUAAAUAGAUGUUUUUGCAGCUGUCGUCGGGAGUCUCCGCAUGAAGGACAGCGAAGAUAUCGAAUUUGUACCAAAGCGUCGUCACGUGCUAACCGCUUUUCCUUCUACGCUCUGAGCUCUACUGUGCCGUCGUCCUAACGUUAAUGAAUCCUGACAGGGAACCAAAAUACAAAACUACACAGACACUGUCUUCUUGGAAUGUGAAUACCUUUGGCUGUUAUUUUUUAUCCUGCAUACACUGCAGAUCGCUAAGAGAAGAUUCUAUUUUCCAGGACCUCCGAAAUCCCCGAACGUUGCUGCACAGCUGAGACCUUUUAUCUUAGAAAUAUUUAAAAUAGAGUUAAUAUACAGACCCACACACACACACACAUAUAUAUAUAUAUAUAUACAGCUCUAUAUAGACAGAUUUUUUUUUUUUUAUCAGAUUUGCGUGUGUAUUAGAUUAAUAACGUGACUAGACAAAGAACAAAUGGCUUCUGCGUGACAAGUGGUUGAAGUUUGCGGGGGUCCAUUUAAGAGGCAAUAUUUUUUCAUAUGUCAUAGGUGUAUAAACUCCGGUUCCUUUUUUUUUUGUAUGAGUGACGUGAAAGUCUGUGGUGGAAAGGAGGAUAUUGCUCUGGGUUUUGUCUGUUGCAGUAUUUAAAAAUGUUUUAUUCGGCCAUUUGUUUUCUAUUUCAGGACGUACCUUAUUGAGAUCAGUAUAUAACGCAGUCUGAUUGAUUGUCCUUCUCCUAUACUAUUGUAACUCUAAGUUUCUACACUAAGUAUUUAUGAUGUCUACAUGGCAUUCGUUUGUUCGAUUUUGUCCGUGAUGGCGAGCAUAUGUCCGGUCACGCUCCUUUUAGAAUGAAUUGUUACUGCUUGAUUCGAAGUUAUCAAAUUAAAUGCACAGUGGACGUUCAGAUUAUUUCACAGACGUCCAGUUCAGAGAAUGACAGCUUUCUAUCUGCACAGUGAUUAAAGGGUGAUUUUUUUUUUGUAACUUUAACUUUCAUCUAAAGCAAACGUAGGUCUUUAUUAAGAGUGUAACGACAGACUUUAGAGACUGAAAAGAGGCAGAAUUCUUGUGUUAUAUUCUGAUUUAAAUGAAAUGGCAACUGGCCCAUGCAUCUAUACAAGCACAUCAAAUUUUAAUGAAGUGAAACAGCGCCCUCUGGCGACUGCCAGAAGUUUUGCAGAGACCCAUGUUCUGUAGAUCAGAGCAACACAAAAUGUCCUAGGCGUGAAUCUUCACCCACUUACACAGACCCUUUUACACUGGGCAUCUUCCCAGGAAUUUUAUAUUAACCUAGAUUUACUCUUGGACCUCCAUAUUAUCACACUCCAUUUCGAACCCCAAAAGUGAAAGAUUUUUGAUUUUCAGAUACUAUUCAAGUUGAAAGUAGACAUAAUAAAAAAACAGCAUAACCGACAUUCAGAGGGUAUGAGGUAAUACGUGUCAUAAUUCUCUUUAUCAUCAUCAUCAUCAUCAUCAUCAACAUCAUCGCUUGGCUUUCUUUGACACUGAUGGGAAUAUAAAUGUGAUUAUUUUCUGUGAUUUAUUUGGCGAUUUGAUUAAUAACGGUGAUAAAUUUGAUGAAUUUAUUUAUUUAAUUAUUUAUUUUUGCGACAUGUAUUAGCAUCUUAAACAUUUGGGAACCGUCUGCUGUUGUCUGUUCGAGCACGGUUGCCUGUUUUGAUGAUUCAAUUAUAUAUAUGAUUACAUUCCUUAAUUUAUCCUUAUAAAUGAUUAUUUCACAGCCAUUAUCUGAUUACAAACUGAUUAAUAUGAUGUCCAGCAACACGAUCAGUGUGAUAUUCGGAUUCGAUGUAUUGAAGAAGAAAAAAAAAAACACACCUUGCUACAAGCUUUUUUUGACACGAUCGGACUGUGUUUUCAUCACUGUGUUUGUAAAACCAGGUCUUUAAACCCUGUGUGGUAUUGUGGAAUGGUCUAUUAAACUAACCUGCCAAGCUUCCUUUAA